GACGAUCAUCGAGCUUAACUCGGAUUCCGAUACAUCAUCUGACUCAGAGACUGACACAGCUGAAGGGUCGUCAACAGACAUAUCAAAUUUGUUUGGAAGCGAAAUGUUGAAAUUAGCUGUUCAAAAUUCGACAGGUGCACAAUCCUCCCAGACAGGAUGUAAGCAUUACCAAAGAAAAUGUUGCUUCAUAGCACCGUGUUGUAAAAAGAUGUACGUAUGUAGACUUUGUCAUGACGAAUCCGAAUCACACGAAAUGAUAAGGACGGAGGUGACAGAAAUCGUUUGCAUGGUUUGCCGUAAAAUCCAAGAGGUAAGGAGGAAAUGUUCUUCAUGCAAUACUAUAUUCGGUGAAUAUUUCUGCGAGAAAUGUCGAUUGUAUGAUGAUGAUGUAACCAAAGGUCAAUUCCACUGUGACAGAUGUGGACUUUGCAGGAUUGGUGGCAAAGCAAACUAUUUUCAUUGCGAGACAUGCAGCAUCUGCCUUUCUUUAAGUCUGAAAAACAAUCAUCAGUGUCGGAAGUGGACAUCUAGACGAGACUGUCCAAUAUGCCACGAAGAUAUUCACACCUCGGUCAAGGAUGGUACUCUUUUAUCAUGCGGACACAUAAUACAUAGCUACUGUCUUCAGAAGUAUCAGAAGUUACAAGGGUACAGUCAAGUCACGUGCCCAAUUUGUGGCUAAAAUCUCUUGGAAUACAUGGAAAUAGGGACACAUAAUGAACAUUCAUGUUAUUGCUUAUGUACUGAAGGUUAUGUAGUAAAUAUUUUGCAGUCCAAGAUUUUGUAUGUUGAAUGGAUAUAUUGUCUAUAAUUGUGUUUGUCUUUCUCCUAAUUUACUACUUUUACAAUAGUUUGGUAUCCUGAAUUGUUUUUUACUCUGCUAGAAUUAUGGUCACAUUCUAGAAAUAAUAAUUAUUAAGAAACGUGUUUGUUUUAUUUUUCCACAUUUCCAAGUAUGACGAUAUCAUGAGCAUUGUUAAAUAUGUCAUACUUCGAAGAUUUAUCAUUAAACAAAUUUGGUCAGCUGGAGUAGACUUUAUUGAUAAAUUGAAUAUGGAUAACGUUUUGACUGUUGUUAAUGAUAGAAAUUUCUUGAAAACAAAGAUAUAUUACAUAAUGAUAAUGUUAAUAAUAACAAUAAAAUCAAUAUUUUAAAAAGGUAAAUAGAUUACACCGUAUACAAACAAUUUAUAUUCAAUGCGGCCUUCUGUGCACAAGUAAAUAAACAGUAUAAACAAUAGCACACAUUAAUAUUGAAAUUUAUCACGACAAACACACUCGAUUUGAAGUUGUAAGGGUUUUUCACUAGAAGUAUAAGUCAAUGAAAUUUAUUUUGCUUACUUGUACAUUCAUGCAUCGAUCUUUUAAAAAAACAAAAAACUAACAUUUAUCACAAGAAAACAUUACGGUAAUUGGUGAUUUGAAAAAUAUUAGAACAAUAUGUAAAAGUAUCGCCAGAAUAAGAUUUUUUUGUAUAAUUAACGUUGUUCUUGUAAUAACUAAUCCUUUAUGUUUAUAAAUUAUCUUGCAGUUUUAUGUUUGAUCGAAUUGACUGCUUUGUGUGUAAAAGUUUGUUUCAAGUAGUUUGUUCUAGGCUUCAAUAAAAAAAAAGAACGAAGGUUAUAUUUAUACUUGUGUGCAAAAGAUUUGUACAAGAUUAUGGUUACAUUUAAGUCUUAUUUCAUUUUCAGAUUUAUUAGCAUAUCAGCAUGGAGAAUAUACCUUUGGCCAUUUACAAAUAUAUAUAAAAAGAUGGCCAAAGUAUUACUUGAAUUUACAUAAAUUUUUAUAGCAUAUAACAAUUACAUAUGACAAUAUUAAUAAAUAUGGCGAAGUUUUUAAAAGCAGCAAGGGGCCACCAUGGCCGACAGAUUAAGGUCGCUGACUUCAAAUCACUUUCCCUUCACCAAUGUGGGAUCGACCCUCAAUUGGGGCGAAUAAUUUUUCAUGUGAGGAUGUUUUAAGAUCGUUGUUUUUUUACCCAGGUGCCCGCCAAUGAUAAAGUAAUGCCCGGAGGGGCAUCUAGGGUAGUUUUCCAUCAUAAGAAUCUGGAAAGUUGCCAUAUGACCUAUGAGCUAAGCGUUUCGGUGUGACGUUCAACAAAACAACAAAAAAUAAUCAGCAUCUGUAUGUUGUUCCGUGCUUAACUGCAUACCAGAAGACAUAUUUGGCUGUAUAUUUAAUAAUUCUUUUAUCAUUCAAAGGUAAUAUUCUUUUAAAACUAUUUAUACAUACAAGCAAAUAGUUAGUACAAUACUUGUCACGACGGUUUCUAUAAAGUGGACAUCAAUACAGGAAAUUAUAUUAAGAUUCUACAUUUUGUGAACAAAGUUUACAUAUUCGUAACGUUCUUUCCUCGCACUUUCAGUUUCAAGACAAUGUGAACAAAGUCUAAAUCGAGACAUUUCUCUCCUAUGUUAGUUCACUGCUUACAACUAAAUACUUUUCAUAUUUGAACACAGUUUUCAACUUUCUGUAGUAAUACAAUUUUGACUGUUUUGUUAUUCUGUAUAAUUAUCAUGUAAUCUUUGUGUUAACAUUGACAAAUAGUUCAAGUUAUAGCUGAAUGUAUUCCAUAAAUAAUUAUAUCCUAAGCUAUCUGUUUGUUUUUAA